GUAGGCGUUCCAUUCUUAGUUGUUCUACUUCCUAGAAGUAAAACAAAAAAGCGUGUAUGCACCUCCUCUCAGCUCUCCACUGGAGACCCCAAGUGCCAACCCUAGUCCCCAGAAGAGUCCCAUUUCCGUUCCAACAAGAUGAAAGAAACUAUCAUGAAUCAAGAGAAACUCGUCAAACUGCAAGCACAAGUGAACAUUGGUGGGAAAGGAACUGCUCAGUGAAAGAAGAGGUGGUUCACAGAACAGCUACAGAAAAUGAUACAAAACUUCAGUUUUCCUUAAAGAAGUUAAGGGUAAACGAGAUCUCUCGUAUUGGAGAAGUGAACAUGUUCACAAACCAAGGUACAGUGAUCCACUUUAACAACCCUGAACUUCAGGCAUCCCUGGCAGUGAAGACUUUCACCAUUAUAGGUCAUGCUGAUACAAAGCAGCUGACAGAAAUGCUACCCAGUAUCUUCAACCAACUUGGUACAGACAGUCUGACUAGCUUAAGAAGAUUAGGCAAAGCUCUGCCCAAACAAUCUGUGGAUGAAAAGACACCACUUGCUACCGGAGAGAAGGAUGAUAAUCAAGUUCCAAAUCUUGUGGAGAACUUUGAGGAAGCUUCCAAGAAUGAAGCAAAUUGAAAUAACUUCUGAAGAAGAUAAAAUUUGGAAGAAGUUACUGGGAGCUACUAUUUAUAUUAUGACUGCUUUUUAAAAAUUCUGUUCCUGGAUCUGAUAAAAUCUAGAUCUCUAUUUUUAAGCCCAAGCCCCUUGGACACUGCAGCUCUUUUCAGUUUUUGCUUAUACACAAUUUAUUCUUUGCACCUAAUUAAGCUGAAGAAGCCUGGGAAUAAAGUUUGAAAAAAG